GCAGUAAAGCCGCUCAGUGACGUUUCGCCUGGGCGUGGCCGGCGUGUGGGCGUGCCCAGGCGCGCGGGCGGCGUCCCGCUAUAAAUAGCUCCGCCCGCGCGGAACGGUGCCAUUCUGAGGGCUGGGUGGAGGUUUGGUUGCUCUUGAGAGACGCCGUCGCCUUUACCACGAGAAAAAAAAAAGCAAUACAAACAGACAAAAACAAACAAACAAAACAAAAAUACAAAAGCAAAACAAAACAAACAAAUAUAUACAAAAAAAAAGGGGAAGAAAAAAGAGCUUUCUUCCCCCCUUCCCGCUCCCAUCCCGGUGCCGUGGAAGAGCCGCCAUCGCAGCCUCCGUCCUUUGGACCGUCCUUGGGAAGCCGUUCCAAACUCGAAGGAAACUGCCACUUAAAAACAUAUUCUCCCUCUUCUUUCCCCCUCAAAAACAAAGGCAAAAUCCGGUUUUUUUUUUAAUCCAAGCAACUUUUUUUUUUAAACCUAUUUUUUCCGUCAUUUAGCUCGACCAAACCCCCUUAUUUCACCCCUUUAGGACAAAAAUAACUCAACAAAACCCUCCUGAAAAAAAAAACAACCCUGUGAAGCUGCAAAAAAAAAAAAAAGUUGCUGCAUUUUUUUAAAGCCAUGACCAAAAACAAAGCUCUUUUUUCGCUCUGAUAACCCCACCAAUGCCAAAAUCCAACCCUUGAAGCGCCGUCGGCGAGAAAAAUAAUUGGAUAGUAAGUGUUGAAUUUUCAACCAGCUGAAUUCCCCUUCCCCCCAAAAAAAACCCUCAAAAACCUGAGAAAAGCCCCCCCAAAAACCCCGUUUCUUUGUACCAAAGAAAAUAAUGGGAGGAAGAGCCCCAACUGUGUGCUUGAGGAGGACGUAGGCUUUGCUAAAAGGGCUUUUCUGCCAUGGGCUCGGGCCCCAUCGACCCCAAGGAGCUCCUCAAGGGCUUGGAUUGCUUCCUGGGCCGCGAUGGCGAGGUCAAGAGCACGGACGGCAUCACCAAAAUCUUCAACUUAAUGAAGGACUCGCAGAAGAUGGUGAGUCGCUGCAUCUACCUGAACAUCUUGCUGCAGACGCGGGCGCAGGAGAUCCUGGCUAAAUUUAUCCGGAUCGGGGGUUACAAGCUCCUCAACACGUGGCUCACCAGUUCCAAAGCUUCCAACAACGUCCCCUUCCUGCAGCAGAUCCUCCUCACCCUGCAGCACCUGCCCCUCACCGUCGACCACCUCAAGCAGAACAACACAGCCAAGCUGGUGAAGCAGCUCAGCAAAUCAAGCGACGAUGAAGAGCUGCGCCGCCUCGCCUCCAUCCUCGUCAGCGACUGGAUGGGUGUCAUCCGCUCGCAGAGCAGCGCCCAGCCGACCGAACGGGAUAAAAAGAAGCGGAAAGAGGAAAACAAAAGCAAAACCCCCAUCCAAGAGAAACCCCAAGAAGCCAAAACCGAGACUAAAACCGAGGAGGUGCCGGAGAAAAAGCGGGAGAAACCCAAAUCCCUGCGUACCACCGCCCCCAGCCACGCCAAAUUCCGCUCCACCGGGCUGGAAAUGGAGACGCCUUCGUUAGUGCCCGUGAAGAAAAUUAACUCAUCUUCGACUGCCGAUAAAUAUAACCUGAAACCGAUGCCCAUAAAGAGGCAAAAUAUCUCCUCCCUUCCCGGGGACGUUCCUCCCGCCGAGAAGAAAUACAAACCUCUGAACACGGCGCCCAACGCCACCAAGGAGAUCAAAGUCAAGAUCAUCCCGCCCCAGCCCAUGGAAGGGCUCGGUUUCCUCGACGCCCUCAACUCCGCUCCCAUCCCCGGCAUCAAGAUUAAGAAGAAGAAGAAGGUGUUGUCCCCCACGGCCGCCAAGCCCAGUCCCUUCGAGGGGAAGGCGGCUCCCGAAGCCAGCUCCGCCAAACCCUCGUCCCCGGAGCCCGCCGCCGCCUCGGAGCCGAUGGAGACGGACCGACCGGGGACGCCGGUUCCGGCCGUGGAGGUGCCGGAGCCGAUGGAGACGUGCUCGUCGGAGACGAGCGGCGACGCCAAAACGGCCGAAAACCCGUCGGAAAGCGGCCAGCUGACCAAAAAAGGUCGGAAAAAGAAAACGGUGAGUUGGCCGGAAGAGAGCAAACUCCGCGAGUAUUUCUACUUCGAAUUGGACGAGACCGAGCGAGUCAACGUCAACAAGAUCAAGGAUUUUGGGGAAGCGGCCAAACGGGAGAUGCUGAUGGAUCGGCAGGCCUUCGAGACGGCCCGGCGCCUCAGCCACGACGCCAUGGAGGAGAAGGUGCCCUGGGUGUAUCCCAAACUCCUCGAUCUCCCCGCGCCCCUCGUCGUGCCGGGCAGCGGCAGCCGGGAACGCUUCACUCAGGCCGAGAGGGAGAAAGGGAUCUUGCAGGAGAUCUUCCUGUCCAAGGAGAGCGUCCCAGACAGCCCCCACGAACCCGAUCCGGAAUCCUACGAACCGCUGCCGCCCAAACUGAUCCCGCUGGACGAGGACUGCUCCGCCGAGGAGGUCGCCUAUCCCGACGGCUUGGACGGCGGCGCCGCCUCCCCCUCGCCGGACCCCGGCGGCGCCGGCAGCGCCAAACUCCCCCCGGUGUUGGCCAACCUGAUGGGGAGCGUCGGGGCCGGCAAAACCCCCCCGGGGCCGGCGCCCCCCGCCCCCAUCAACAUGCAGGAGAUCCUCACCUCCAUCAUGGGCGGGCCCAGCACCCACAAAGCGGAGGAAUUGAUGAAACAACCGGAUUAUUCGGAUAAAAUCAAACAUUUGUUGGGAAACCUGCAGGCGCAGCCGCCGGGGCCCGGCGGAGUGCCCCACGGCUUGCUGGGCCCCGGCCCCAUGGCCAACGGCUUCCCGCCCGGCCCCAAGGCCAUGCAGCACUUCCCGCCGGGGGGGCCCAUGCCGGGACCCCACGGAGGCGGCGGGGGGGGACCCGGCCUCCCCCCAGGUCCGGGCAUCCCAGGCGGCCCCCGACUUCUGGGGCCGCCCCCCCCACAACGCGGCGGAGGAGGAGGAGGAGGAGGAGGAGGAGGAGGCGGCGGCGAUUUUUGGGAAACACCCCGAAGGGGGGGGGGGAACCCUCCGAGGUGGCCCCCACGGCGGCGGCGGCAUGCGCGGGGGGGGCCCCUUCCACCGCCCCCGCGGCCGUAGCGGCGCCGAACCCCCGUACCGAUGCCGCGGCGGCGGCGGCGGAGGAGGGAGGAGGAGGAGGGGGGGGGUCGCAACGGGGGCCCCCCCAAAUGGCGGCGGCGCAAGGGGGGGGCCCCCCGGUAGCCACGGCGAUCACGGCAGAGGC